AUGGUGGCAUUUUUAUACGCAUAUACACUUUGUUUAUCCGAGGGAGCAAAAUAAUUAAUCUGCAAAUACCUUUCUUUAUUAAAGUGGUAAAUCGAAAAAUCUUCUUCCAUUGUCACGUCACCGCUCGUCCGUUAAUCCGUGCGUCCUCUGGCCACAAAAUACACUGAAUUAUUUUGCUGUAAUGACGUAGGAGACUUCGCCAUAGGCAUAUCCCUACCGUAGAUAUGAGGAAGAAGAAACUCCUGCACUGGAGCAAUGUUUUGGGAUACAGUAGUACUUCAAAACGACAAGGAUGAGGAAAUACGUAAUCACUGCUUCUUAGAGUUCAGAAGUGGAGUUGGCAUCUCCAAUAUGUUGAAGCACAUGGAAAGGAAAUACCCUACUGGACUUCCUAGGAAAACAAGCCUGUUGGAUGCCUUCAGGUCCAGGAACCCAUCCCCAAAUUCAGAAGUUCAAGAUACCUGUAUUAAAGGCCCAGUUGACCUUAGUGAACCUGUAACUGGAACAUGACCAGUGUCUGUAGAACAUUCUCCUGCACAAAAACCUCUUCAGCAAAUGCUUCAAGGAUGUCAAAAUCCAGCCGAUGUGAUGUUGCUGAUAUUAAAAAAAUGCAAGCAGAUGAAGUGCAGCAGCCACUCCGUAUCCUUGAGCUGUACAGUGGGAUAGGUGGAAUGCAUGUUGCAGCCAAAGAAAGUGGACUUCUGUUUGAUAUUGUUGGGAGCUAUGAAAUUAACACUACAGCACUUGAAGUAUAUCGGCACAAUUUUCCAAAGACUCCCAAGGCCUACAAUAUCAUGGGGUUGACUUUAGAUAAUCUGGAAUCUCUUUCUCCAGAUAUUAUAAUGAUGAGUCCCCCUUGUCAGCCUUUUACCAGGCAAGGUUUGAAACGUGAUGUUGAGGACACUCGUACAUCAUCUUUGUUGCACUUGAUAGGCCUUCUUGAAAAAUUAUCCCAUCCACCAACAAUGAUUUUACUGGAAAAUGUAGCUGGCUUUGAAAAAUCCCUGGCAAGGGAGCAACUCAUGGAAAUGCUGAGGAGCAAGAAUUAUGUUUGGCAGGAGUUCCUGUUAUCACCAACAGAGUUUGGGAUUCCAAAUUCGCGUUUGAGGUAUUACCUUCUAGCCAAACAGCAGCUCUACCCUUUCUGUUUAGAUGUCUCAGAUGAGAUUAAGGAAGAGCUAACAGCAUGUUUAUGCAUCAGAAGGGACAUCCAGGCUCCUGUAUUAAGUGAUGCGAGGGAGAUUUGUGCAAAUUGUGGAAAGCCUGUUAUUGAUUCUCUUCAAAAUCUUCUUCGUAACUUCCAUGGAAAUAUACAUAAUGAAUUGCAUCAGCCAGGAAAGUCAUACUCUGAUCUUUCACUCUCUCUGAGCUCAUUCAUGGAAAGUGACAUAAAUUUGGAACCUUAUUUAUUAAAAGACAAGGUAUUAAGUAAGUACUGUAUGAUACUAGAUAUUGUUGAUAAAGAAUCCAAGAGAAGUUGUUGCUUCACCAAAGGUUACGGUCAUUAUGUUGAAGGUACUGGUUCUGUUAUCAAAGGAAACAGUGAUCUUGAUGUGGAUGCAGUUUACAAUAGGCUGUCAAGAUUAGAGUUAGGUGAUCCAGAGAGACUUGAUCUUCUAAAACAGUUAAAGUUCAGAUAUUUCACAGCCAAUGAAAUUUUAAGACUAAUGUGCUUUCCAAAGUGGUUUUCAUUUCCUCCAUCACUAACUGUGAAACAAAAAUACAGAGUUCUUGGUAAUAGUAUUAACAUUCUAGUUGUGACAUCUCUAUUGCUUAUAUUAUGUGAAAGAUGACAGGAUGCUGAAAUGUAAAAAUAGAUAAUAGUAAAUUUUUGUUUUUACCACUUAUUUCAUGGGUCUAAUUAUUGGAAGGUUAAAUUAACUGAUGAUAAUAUUCGGGACAUUUGGUUUUGUCUAUCUUGAUGGGUUACCCGGUCAGAUGAGGCUAAAACUCCUAUUUACAGUGUUCCUCCCUGUAUUCGUGGGGGGAUGCAUACCAGACCCCCCCCCCCCCCUCCACAAAUAGUUGGAACCCCUAUAAAAUGCUUAAAACUGCCUAUUUUGUUAAUUAAAACUAAGAAAAACACACUUGAAAUGUU